AAAAAAAGAAGAAGAAAAAAAUAAAAUAUAUCUCUAGUUCUAUACGUAAAUAAAUAUCACUUAUCAUUUUUUAUAAGUAGAUAAAAUAUAAUAUGACGCAAUAAAAUUCAAUGACAUUCAUAAUUUUGUACUAUAUAUGUGUCUGAUUUAAAUGUAUGUAGCAUUGUUAAUGGAUUAAAUUCUUCGAUUACCAUCUUAUGAGAUUGCAAAAUGCCGAUUUCACUUCAUAUAAUUCCUUUCAAAUUAAAAGACGUUGUCGAGGAUAUCUGUGUAAUUAAUUGUUUCAAAUAAAAACAUCUUGAAUAUAAACAAGUAGUAGUUAUCUACCUUAUGUAAGCUUGAGAGUACUUUUUCAACUUUACAUCCAUCAUACAUAUUCAGAUGUUGUUCAGUCAUACAGAAAUAAAGAAAAAUGUUUUUGAGGCAACAAAAAUUACUGAUGAACUUUUUUAUAAAAAACUUAUCAACAGAAACUUUUACUCAACCAAAAAUAUCUCGAGUUGAGCAGUUUAAAAAAUUUCUACAUAAAAAUGAAGGAGCUGAAAUAUUAACAGACUCUUUUGGCCGUCAUCAUACAUAUCUUCGCAUUUCUUUAACAGAACGAUGCAAUCUUCGAUGUUUAUAUUGUAUGCCAGAAGAAGGUGUAAAACUCAGUAAAAAUGAUCAAAUUCUUACAACUGAUGAAAUUAUAAGACUCUCAACCCUUUUUGUUCGAAAUGGAGUAAAAAAAAUUCGAUUAACUGGUGGAGAGCCAACUGUUCGCAAAGAUAUUGUCAAUAUUAUUGAACAAUUAAAAAAUCUAAAAGGUCUAGAGAGUAUUGGUAUGACCACGAAUGGUUUAACAUUAACUCGUCAAUUACCAUCUCUUCAAAGAGCAGGUUUAGAUGCUUUAAAUAUAUCUUUAGAUAGUUUAAAAAAAGAUCGAUUUGAAAAAUUCACUCGAAGGCAAGGAUUUCAUAAAGUUUUAGCUGCCAUUGAUCUAGCGAUUCAACUUCAAUAUAAUCCAGUUAAAAUUAAUUGCGUAGUAAUGCGGGGAUAUAAUGACGAUGAAGUGAUAGAUUUUAUAGAAUUUACAAAAGAUAGACCAGUAGAUGUCAGAUUUAUUGAGUAUAUGCCAUUUUAUGGUAAUAAAUGGGAAGACAAUAAAAUGGUAUCAUUUAAAGAAAUGAUGAAGAUGAUUACAAAACGUUUCCCAAAUUUUCAAGAACUUAAAAAUCCACCUAAUUCAACAUCUAAGGCUUUCAGUGUACCUAAUUAUGUUGGCCAAGUGGGAUUUAUAACAUCAAUGAGUCAACACUUUUGUCAUUCAUGUAAUAGAUUACGUAUUACUGCCGAUGGAAAUAUAAAAGUUUGUUUAUUUGAGGGACAAAGUGAAAUUUCAUUAAGAGAUUUUAUGAGGAAUGGAGCUUCUGAUGAAGAUUUAAAAAAAAUAAUUAGUUUAGCAGUGUCUAAAAAGAAAAAACAGCAUGCUGGUAAUUUACCAAAAUUAUAUUUUAUUCUACGAGAUAAUAUUACUUUUGGACAAAAAAAAUCAUCAUUUCAUAAUAUAACAACUUUAUCAUCACUAAAUCAGUUCAUCAUUCGGCAAUACUCAUCAUUGUCACACAUUGAUAAUGCUGGAAAAGCAACUAUGGUUGAUAUGAGUUAUAAAAAAGAGAGUAAUCGUUGCGCUAAAGCCCGUGGAAUUAUCAGAAUUGGUUCAACAGCAAGUAAAUUAAUUGCCGAAAAUAAUAUGAAGAAAGGGGAUGUUUUAUCUGUUGCACAAAUCGCUGGAAUUAUGGCAGCUAAAAAAACAUCAGAAUUAAUCCCUUUGUGUCAUCCAUUAUCUAUUAAUCAUAUAAGUGUAACUUUAACACUUGUUGAAGAUAAAAAUAUUGUUGAAAUAAUUUCUGAAGUAAGAUGUUUUGGAAGAACUGGAGUAGAAAUGGAAGCUUUAACGGCAACAAGCGUUGCUGCACUCACUGUUUAUGAUAUGUGUAAGUCUGCAGCAUCAUUUAAUGAAUUAGAAAUUGAAAAAAUUGAACUCAUAUUUAAAACAGGGGGAAAAAGUGGUUAUUUAAUCAACGAAUGAAAAAAAUAGUCUCUCAAUUUGUUAUUCAAUUUUAAACAAAUUUUCUAAUAAAUUUCAUUAUUUGUUAAAA